CGGCCCAAUUUCUUUCUGAAAAUCUCUCUUCCAUUUGUUGCUCACUUUGCUUGCUACCUCUUCUCUCCUCCUCCAACGAGAGGAGAAUAGAACAGAAGAGUUUCUUUUCAAGAGAGAGAAACUAAACUUCACACACAAACACACACUUUCACUCUCUAGGGUUCCCGUCUCCGCCAUUUUUGCUCUUCUUCGUCUCUCAUUCACCACGCGUUUCUCGAACAUUCACCUGUGUCAGAUUCGCUGUAAUUCUUUGAAAUCUUGAUGCGUUUUCGACCAAUUUUGAGAGUUAUUGUAAGUUUAUGUUCGGAAGACAUUUCGAGGUUGGGUUAUGCCAGCUUCAUCCCACCUGUUGUUAUAUUGCAAGAGGCACAUACAUGUAUUCAACUAUUGCCAGUUUUGUAGGGAAUCACUGUCACAGAUGUUGACAGAACAUCAUUUAUAAUCUCACAGAAGAAACUAAGAAAGUAUAGGUGUAUAGGUUAUUCAAGUCUCAAUGGUAUGCUCUCUUGGAAGUGGGAGAAUGGCAGCUAUGGCAAGGCUUUUGGCAGCAGAGGAAGUGGGCCACCACAAAUUAGUUGCUCAGUACAUUCACAGAGAAUUGCGUGAGGCAGAUGAAGCAAAUUUGCUUGACGAAGAAGAUAUGCAUGUAUUUGAUCUGAAGCCUAUGACAGAUCCUUUACAUCUGGUAUGUUGCAAUGCAUGUAAGAAGCCAGUCAAAGUCAGCCAAUAUGCAGCUCAUGCAGAGCUUUGUAAAUCAUUAAAUUCUGGCGAAGAAAUUAUUUCGGAGCUCGACGGAGGUGCUGGGCACAAAAAACCUCCAAGGAAGGAGAGGAAAAAGUUUUCAACUGCUUAUGCUAACCAAGCUACAUCAGUUGGAGUGCAAGUCAAGUGUGAGUCUGUAGAUGCUGAUAAUAUUGCUGGUUCAGAAUCUCAUCUAGAUGAGCAAAUUCAAAUGACGACUUCAUUUUCCACGGAAGCUAAACGAAGUUCAUCUUGUGUAGAAGGUGCACUUAUUGAUGGGUCAGGAGUUGGUCCAGGAAAUACAGAUUACUCAGCAGGUGCGAUGCCACCUCCAACAAAACGUUCUAAAUUGAUAGCAGCUGAGGGUCGACCAAUAUCAGAUCAUACAGAAACAGCAAGUGGUGUAACAAAAAGUUUGUGUAUAGGUACUAAGGAGUCAUUUACCUGCAGAGAUUUUCCUGGAGGAUUAAGUGCAGGAAGUGGAAAGGCCCAUGAUAAUGUUUUUGGAUAUCAAAAGCCUGUGCGAGAGGGUUGCUUACUGACAAAAGAUGUUGCAGUUCCCCUCGCAACCAAAAUGUUUUACUCUCAAAGAAGUCAUCGUCUCCGCUCAGCCCUUAAUGAUCUUUAUUACAAGCCAUUGAGUACAGAACAUGGUGGUGACUCGGUGAAUUUAGAAGUAUUUCAUGGGAAUAGCAUGCCAUCACAGUCUUCAUCUCCUAAUAACUUUUGCCAUGAACAAACUGAUGACCAUCAGGAACAGGCACAUAAAUACUCUUUGCCUUCUGUGCAAAAACCAGAUCAAGUUCCUGCACAAAGUUCGGAUGUAAACUUGAGUAAAUCAGGUGGGAGCCCACCAGCCAUGAACUUCUCAAAUCAGGUUCCUGUGAAUAGUGUCGUAAGACCUCAUACAGCUCCUGUUGGAAUGGUGAAAAGCAAUUAUCUUUCGAAGCCUUAUUCUUUUGCUGGCAACUCAGGAACGCCGCUAAGGACCUUGCAGCAGCCUAAAGGAGGUGUUCCUGUUAUAUAGUUGCAGCCCUUGUGGGAAAUUUUGGUUCUCCAUUUUCUAUAGAAGACAAAACCCAGCUUGUUGGAAAGGGAUAUUACCUCUUCGGAACGAUUUUGACAUUUUGGUCAUUUAUCUCUUAUGUCGAAUGGGGAACAGCUAAUACUACUGGAUUGCUAGAGGGGUCCAACAGCCAUUAAUAUAAUAUUGUUUUCAUCAUUUGGUAUUGGAGGUUUGGUGUGACCUAUUGUCCUUAUUCAAUUAGAAAUUAAUAUGUAGUUUCUAGCAGGAGGGACUUUAUUGUUUAGAAAUUAAUAUGUAGUUUCUAGCAGGAGGGACUUUAUUGUUUCUGGUUAAUGAAAAUUGUGGCUGAAGAUGAAGGUUUGAUAGAGAAUACAGUGUCCUAGAUUUUGCUUAUUACUUCUAUUCUUGUGCAGUUUCUGAGACAUUUUGUGUUACUGUUUUUGAUCUUGGUAACUUUAUUAUUAUUAUUAUUUUUAAAUUA